AUGUCACUCGUUUUACCCGAGAAGUUUCAACAUAUUUUACGUAUCAUGAGUACCAACAUUGAUGGUAAACGUAAGGUACCAAUUGCUAUGACAGCUAUCAAGGGUGUCGGUCGACGUUACUCUGGUGUUGUCCUCAAAAAAGCCGAUGUUGAUUUGAACAAACGUGCUGGUGAAUGUACAGAAGAGGAGGAAAAUUGGUUCUUGAACAGACAAAAGGAUAUCAUCGAUGGCAAAUAUUCUCAAUUGACAUCUUCAUUGGUGGAUUCAAAAUUGCGUGAAGAUUUGGAGCGACUUAAGAAAAUUCGCGCUCAUCGUGGUAUGCGUCAUUACUGGGGACUCCGAGUCCGUGGUCAACACACUAAGACAACUGGUCGCAGAGGACGCACAGUUGGUGUGUCGAAGAAGAAGUAG